ACCUUCCUUGGCAGCAGUUUCCCGAAUAAAAAAAAAUAAAAACAGUAAUAAAUUCUGCACAAAUCGUCGCUAUAAAACCCUCCGUUAAAUCUCCAUUAUUUUCUUCUGUUAAUGCCCUCUCGAGAGAGAGGAUAAUAAGGAAAGAAAAUCAAACAUUUUACAUUCUUGGAAAAGAAUUUCAAGAAUUAAGAAAUUUUCUGUGAGUCGUUUUAUCUGAAAAUGGGCUGUCGUUUCCGUUUCCGGUGGCCGUAUUUGUUUGGUUUGUUUCUGGGUUUUAUUCCGUUUUGUCUCGGGAUUCGAGCGAUUCCGGGGGGAGAAGUUAGCAAUCUUGAACUGCUUCGUACUUUCCGAUUUGCUGAAGCGCCGGACUACCGUAACGGAAUAGGCUGCCCGUUAUCGUCUACUAAGCAGCAUUUCGUGUCUGCUUGUGACCCGUCUUUAGUUCACAUAGCAAUGACGCUGGAUUCGGAGUAUCUACGUGGCUCAAUCGCGGCGGUUCAUUCUGUUUUGAAGCACGCUUCGUGCCCAGAAAACGUGUUUUUUCACUUCAUUGCGGCUGAGUUCGACCCGGCGAGUCCGCGAGUUUUGAGUCACCUCGUCCGAUCCACGUUCCCUUCACUCAGCUUCAAAGUCUACAUUUUCAGAGAAGACACGGUGAUUAACCUAAUUUCAUCUUCGAUUCGGCAAGCAUUAGAAAACCCGUUGAAUUACGCAAGAAAUUACUUAGGCGACAUUCUUGAUUCUUGCGUUGACCGAGUCAUUUACCUCGACUCGGAUAUCGUCGUCGUCGACGACAUUCACAAGCUUUGGAACACCCCUCUCGACGGGCCGAAAGUGAUCGGAGCACCGGAGUAUUGCCAUGCAAAUUUCACCAAAUAUUUCACCGACAGAUUCUGGUCGGAUCCGGGUCUGACCCGGGUCUUCUCGGGUCGGAAAAGCCCGUGUUACUUCAACACAGGAGUGAUGGUAAUGGACUUGGUGAAAUGGAGGGAAGGGAACUACAGGAAAAGAAUAGAGCAUUGGAUGGAAAUACAGAGGAAACAGAGGAUUUACGAGCUGGGCUCCCUACCGCCUUUUUUGCUGGUGUUCGGAGGGUUUGUCGAAGGGAUCGAUCAUAAAUGGAAUCAGCACGGAUUAGGAGGUGAUAAUGUGCGAGGGAGCUGUAGGUCGUUGCAUCCGGGUCCGGUUAGUUUGCUGCAUUGGAGCGGUAAAGGGAAGCCGUGGGUUCGACUCGAUGCGAAGAAGCCUUGCCCUCUUGAUUAUCUUUGGGAGCCUUAUGAUCUUUAUAAAGUUGUGCUUGAGAGUGAUCAGAGUCAUAGAUUGAAGGGUGGUCAGUUUUUGAAUUCUCAAUCUUCUAGUACAUUGUUGGGUUAUUCAAGUUAUUUGUGAUGAUGAUUCAUUUGAUGGGUAGUAGUAGUAGUAGUAGUGCACACGAUUUGAAGAAAUUCUUUUUCGUAGAUGUGUACAGAUUAGAAAAAAUUGGGAUUGGGGCUGAUUGAUUCAUUGAUUAUGAGGGUUGAGGUGGGAUUUUGAUUGAUUUCAAUAUGUUCUUUGAUUUGAUUUUGCUGGGAAUUUCAAUUCCUUUGUUCUUUUUUUUACUUGAAUCGGGUGGGUUCCAUUGCUAUGGAACAAUUUUGGUGGGUUGAUUAGUUUUGUAUGUAAUUGAAAAAUUAUUGAUAGAGGAGAAUAACAUGCAGUUGUUCGUUCAUUGUUUCAA